AUGAUCAAGCUGAGCCGAAAGACGCGCUCGCUGCUGGCUCUGGCCUUGAACUCGCUGGCCCUCUGCUUCGCGGUGUCGGCCUUCGCCACCAGCUACUGGUGCGAGGGGACGCACAAGGUGGUCAAGCCGCCCUGCCUGUCGGCCAUCAGGCAGGGCAGCUGCGUGCCCGUCGGGGCCAACGAGACGGAGGCCGGGAAUGCCACCCUGGACCCCAAUGUGGUGCAGUACAUCUGGGAGACGGGGGAGGACAAGUACGCCUUCCGCUACUUUCACACCGGCUUCUGGCUGUCCUGCGAGGAGCACCACGGAGACGAGAUCUGUCGCAGUUUCAUAGAGCUGCCCCCCGAGUCAGAGAAAGGGGUGCUGUGGCUGUCGGUGGCUUCGGAGUUCCUGUACAUCGUCCUGCUCAGCGUCGGCUUCGUGCUCAUGGGCCUGGACGCCACCUGCUACGCGGACUUCAUCGCGGGGCUCAAGAUCAACGCGUUCGCCGCGGUGAUCACCGUGCUGUCGGGCCUCCUGGGUAUGGUGGCCCACAUGAUGUACAUGACCGUCUUCCAGGUGGCCGUCAACCUGGGGCCCAAGGACUGGAGACCCCAGACCUGGUUCUACGGCUGGUCCUUCGGCAUGGCCUGGCUCUCCUUCACGCUCUGCAUGUCGGCCUCGGUGCUGACCCUCAACACCUACACCAAGACGCUGCUGGAGUUCCAGUACCGCCAGCGGAUCUGCGAGCAGCAGAGCCGGCGGGGGCUGCGCUCCCCCGGCCUGGCGCCCGACCUCGAGCGCUUCCUGUGGGACAAGUACAUCUUCAGUGUCAGCGACUCGCUGGACUUCUCCCCUGGCCGCUCCCACCCCACCACCGGGGGGCACAAGGGCCAUGGGGGGGGCUACGCCGGCCUGGCCGGGGGGCGCUGUGGGGGUGCCGGCGACCCAGACGAUGGUGAGCCCUGCUAG